GCCACCUCCCAGCCGCUCUCUGGGGCCGGCCUCGCGGGCCCCGGAGCCGUGAGCCGCCGAGCGCCGCCGGCAUGCUGCAGAAGCGGGAGAAGGUGCUGCUCCUGAGGACCUUCCAGGGCCGGACGCUGCGGAUCGUGCGGGAGCACUACCUGCGGCCCAGCGUGCCCUGCAACAGCCCGCUCUGCCCGCAGCCCGCCGCCUGCCGCAACGAUGGGAAACUCUUGUCUAGUGAUGUGACUCAUUAUAUGAUCCCAGAUUGGAAAGUUGUUCAAGAUUACCUGGAGAUCCUUGAGUUCCCAGAGUUGAAGGGAAUUAUUUUCAUGCAGACAGCUUGUCAAACGUUGCAGCAUCAAAGAGGCCGCAGACAGUAUAACAAAUUGCGACAUCUCUUGAAGGAUGCGCGUCAUGACUGCGUUCUCUUUGCUAAUGAGUUCCAGCAGCACUGCUAUCACCCUCGAGAGAGAGGAGAAUCCAUGGAAAAGUGGCAGACCAGGAGUAUAUACCGCGCCGCGGUGUGGUACUAUCACCACUGCCAGGAUAAGAUGCCAAUCGUCAUGGUGACAGAAGACGAAGAGGCAGUCCAGCAGUAUGGAAGUGAAACAGAAGGAGUGUUUGUGAUUUCCUUCAAGAAUUACCUGGACAAUUUUUGGCCCGACUUAAAGGCCGCCCACGAGCUCUAUGACUCUAUCCUUCAGUCUCGACGGGAAAGAGAGAACGAGAGUCAGGAGAGCCACGGGAAGGAAUACACAGAACAUCUUCCCCUGGAAGUGUUAGAAGCCGGCAUUAAAUCUGGACGCUACAUCCAGGGAGUCCUGAAUGUCAACAAACACAGGGCACAAAUAGAAGCUUUCGUUCGACUUCAAGGAGCCAGCUGUAAAGAUUCAGGUUUAGUCAGUGACAUCCUUGUCCAUGGAAUGAAGGCUCGAAAUCGCUCGAUUCAUGGAGAUGUGGUAGUUGUGGAACUCCUGCCUAAAAAUGAAUGGAAAGGAAGAACGGCUGCCCUAUGUGAGAAUGACAGUGAUGACAAGGCCUUGGGAGACCCCCCGAGUGAGCCCAUGCCCACAGGCAAAGUGGUGGGCAUCCUUCAGAAGAACUGGCGGGAUUACGUGGUGACAUUUCCAUCCAAAGAAGAGGUCCAGUCUCAGGGCAAAAAUGCUCAGAAAAUCCUAGUUACACCUUGGGAUAACAGAAUUCCCAAAAUCCGCAUCAGCACUCAGCAAACGGAAGCGCUACAGGACUUCCGGGUGAUUGUGCGCAUCGAUUCCUGGGAGUCGACAUCCCUGUACCCAAAUGGACAUUUUGUGCGUGUUUUAGGCAGAAUCGGGGACCUGGAAGGGGAAAUCGCGACCAUCCUGGUGGAAAACAGCAUUUCGGUUGUCCCUUUCUCCGAAGCUCAGAUGUGUGAAAUGCCAGUCAACACACCAGAAAAUCCCUGGAAGGUGAGUCCAGAAGAGGAACGAGAACGGAAAGACUUGAGGGAAACCCAUCUCGUGUUCAGCAUUGACCCAAAAGGCUGUGAAGAUGUGGACGACACGCUCUCAGUCAGAACCUUAGCUAACGGCAACUUGGAACUUGGGGUCCACAUUGCAGACGUAACGCACUUUGUGCCACCAAAUUCUUACAUCGACAUCGAAGCUAGGACAAGGGCCAUCACUUACUAUUUAGCGGACCGUCGCUAUGACAUGCUGCCCUCCAUCCUCAGCGCUGAUCUGUGCUCCCUUCUGGGAGGCGUUGAUAGGUAUGCCGUAAGUGUCAUAUGGGAAUUGGAUAAAACCUCCUAUGAAAUUAAGACAGUGUGGUACGGCAGAACCAUUAUUCGAUCAGCAUACAAACUGUUUUAUGAAGCAGCCCAGGAACUGCUGGACGGAAACUUCCACAUUGUUGAUGAUAUUCCAGAAUUCAGAGACUUGGAUGAGAAGAGCAGACAAGCCAAGCUAGAGGAGUUGGUGUGGGCCAUUGGAAAGUUGACUGAAAUAGCACGCCACAUCCGGGCUAAGCGAGACCAUUGCGGAGCCCUGGAAUUAGAGGGGGUAGAGAUUCGUGUUCAGCUGGAUGAAAAAAAGAACAUCCAUGACCUCAUCCCCAGGCAGCCCCUGGAAGUCCACGAGACGGUGGCUGAAUGCAUGAUCUUGGCCAACCACUGGGUAGCCAAGAAGAUCUGGGAGAGUUUCCCUCAUCAGGCCUUGUUGCGCCAACACCCUCCUCCACAGCAGGAGUUUUUUUCUGAACUGCGAGAAUGUGCUAAAGCAAAAGGCUUCUUCAUAGAUACACGGUCCAAUAAAACACUGGCUGAUUCUCUGGAUAAUGCGAAUGACCCCAACGAUCCCAUCGUAAACAGAUUGCUGCGAUCCAUGGCCACACAGGCCAUGUCUAAUGCACUGUAUUUCUCUACUGGGUCGUGUGCGGAGGAAGAAUUCCAUCAUUAUGGCCUUGCAUUAGAUAAAUAUACUCACUUUACGUCUCCGAUAAGAAGAUACUCAGAUAUCGUAGUACACCGAUUGCUGAUGGCAGCCAUUUCAAAAGAUAAGAAAAUGGAAAUUAAGGACAAUUUGCUCAGCAACAAAGAUCUUGAGGAAUUAUGCAGACAUAUCAACAACAGAAACCGAGCAGCCCAGCAUUCUCAGAAGCAAUCCACGGAGCUCUUCCAGUGCAUGUAUUUUAAAGACAAAGACCCAGAGAAUGAGGCGCGUUGCAUAUCUGAUGGGGUUAUAUAUUCAAUUAGAACAAAUGGCGUACUCGUAUUUAUACCAAGGUUUGGAAUUAAAGGUGCCGCUUAUCUAAGAAAUAAAGAUGGUUUGGUGAUCUCGUGUGGCUCAGACAGCCGUUCUGAAUGGAAACCAGGAUCCCUUCAACGAUUUCAAAACAAAAUCACCUCUACCACAACAAGCGGGGAGUCUGUUACGUUCCAUUUGUUUGACCAUGUAACAGUGAGAAUAUCCGUACAGGCCUCCCGUUGCCAUUCUGAUACAGUCAGGCUUGAAAUAAUAAGCAAUAAACCAUACCUGAUACCAGAUAAAGACCUUUUUCAGCAGAGCUCCCUCCUGUUAAAGAGCGAUUUAGUGAAGGAAGUAACUAGAUCUGUGGAGGAGGCUCAGCUUGCCCAAGAAGUCAAAGUAAACGUCAUUCAGGAAGAUUAUCAGAAAUACUGUCAAACAAAGGGAAGAAGCCUAUACACACUCCUGGAGGAGAUAAGGGACCUUGCUCUCCUGGAUGUUUCCAACAGUUAUGGAAUGUGAAAUAUUCUUUUUGCUUCAUUAAAAGAACUGUUUUGUGAACACUUUCAA